CUGCCUAUAAUAUAAGCUAGGCAACUGCAGUCUCCGUUAUUCCAAAUUCAGUAUCUGGUUAAGAAUAGUUCUAACUUAUUUUACAUUUUCAAGCAUUAAGAAAAUCAGGUUUAAUUAAAAAAAUUAUUGUUGGCGACUGGUGGAGACUGAGAGGUGCGCCUGUCGUGUGUCUGUUAUUAUGGCGGGGAACUGCAGAAUGUAAACACUGAAAACUGUAAUGUCAAAACCUUGGAAAUGGAUAAGAUAUUGCUGUAUAUUUCAACAGAGAGGAAAAAUUUUUUUAUUAAUGAAGAACUAGAGGCUGCAUUGCAAGUACUAAAGCAGGAAAAUAAGAAACCAAAUGCUUGUGGCCAUCUGGUACGUUUGGCUUCUGCGACUAUCCAUACAGAUGAAGGAAAUGAAGCAAGUGUGGAAGAUGCUUGUACCAUGACUCUGUGGCAUGAAUGGGCCAAACAAGAUCACUUGCAAAAGUUAUAUGUUAACCAAGAGAAUGUAACACUGGAGAAUGAAAAUAUUGAAAAGGAGGAGGAAUGCAUUUUUAGGUAUAAUGACUUUUUCCUCUUGGCUGAAGCACUGCAUAAAUUUGCUGAUGAUCUGCAAGACAUUGGAAGUUAUCUCCUAUACAUAUUUUGGACUAUAGAUAAAUAUGUCCCAAAUCCCAGCGAAGUUCCAGAGUUUUAUGGAGCACUAAGAAGAAUACAACAGUGGCAUUUUGGUGGUUUAUAUAUUACUUGUAAGGACCGUGAACUUGUUGAGGAAUGGCCAAACUUCAUGCCUCUCAGUAUUACUAGUGGAUGCUCUGAGAUUGUAAAGAACAUCAUCUGCACAUUCUGGCGAGGUCAUCUAACUCUGGGUGAGGAAAGGACUGGAGACACUUUACUUCUUCCAGAGUGUACAGUUCAGUGUAUACAUGGGCAGCCUGCUCUAGGAACAAAUUCUAAACAGGAAGCACUGUAUGUUCUCCCAAAUGCAGAAAUUGUAGCAGAUUUUGAUGUUGGCACCAUACCGUGGGUGUAUCUACGUCAUGGUGGUGUUUAUAGGAUGACCCCUGUCCAGUUCUCUGAUGAGGAGGAUCAAGAGGAAAUAUUGGCAUUGUUUAAUGCACUUACUGCUCAGCCUGGAAUGGCAACACUGAUCCGUCUUCAUUAUUCACCACUACCACCAACAUUGGAAGGCAUCAGAUCAGCAACCACAGAAGAAUGGAAGCGAAGUAAUGCUGAGGGGCAUUUUGAUCUCAUCCCUAUCCUGCAUUUCAAGGGUUUCCAUCAAACACUCAAUAUGCUCAUUCUCAGUGAAGGAGGAGAUAAAGAAAAGGUAUUGAUGGUUGCCCUGCAAAACCCAAGGGUUUGUGGGGAAGAUGUUCUCAAAUUCGUCAGCAAUCCUAGUCACCCAAUGAAGAAUUAUCAGAGUGAGGAAGAAGGCAGAGUAUUAGACCUCCUAAAAGAGACCCCAAGAUUAACAUCUUUGCAUAUGGCUGCAUUCUCUCAUCUUUCUUUGAACCUUUCACAGCAAAUCAAUAAGCGUUUGGUACGAGCAAGUCAACCAGUAAAUGAGCUAACUGAAGAAACAAAGAGGGAGCUAGAAGCAGCUGCAAGUGAGGAACUGUUACGCUGUCUGCUGAUGAUUCCAGCUCCUCCACCAAUAUUACCCACAACCUUCUGCUCUGUUUUACCUGAGACAGCAGUCAGCAAUAUUGAGUGGGCUGAAUAUAUUGCUCUAGUUAAAGCAGAAGCAGAGGCUGAGAAGUCAUCACUUGCUCGACGUCAUUCAGGAGACCUCCUUGGUGGACUUGCACCCCCACCACAAACUGAGGCCAUUCUCACUCUUGAAGCUGGCCAGCUUACAAAGCUCUUCACUAAGAGUGGUCAGCCGAUCGACAGAGUUAGGCGCAAAAUGAUUAAACACACUUCUUCAGGUCAGCAUCCCUUCAAAAUCAAAUCUACUUUGAAGGAAGUGAAGUCUCUAACUUGGCCAGAAGCACUUUAUGCUCACCACCAUGGUAUUUAUUACAAUGUUAAUGAAUGGCAUGAGAAGUUUGUUGAACAGUGUAACCAGGUAAAAAAUCGUUAUAUCAGGCAAGAAACUGCAGCCACUUGUACUGUGUUCCAAGACAAAGAGAUGGCAUAUGUCACUGUCUCCACACACAAACCGAGCAGGGGAGUGAAGAAGAGUAGAGGCACAGGUGCUAGUGAGGCAGAUACCGUAAGCUUGAAAAGUGGGCACAGCUCAAGAAUACCAAGAGGACUAUUAAGACGUUCACCUCGAAAACAGUUAUGUCAGUCACCACACGGACGAUUACAUCAACCAGAGUGUAAAAUUGAGAGGUCACCUCAAAAGGAAACCAGUAAAAGCAAAAAAAAUUUCAGUGAUUUAAUGAAACCAUCAGACUUAUUACAACCAUCGGUUACCAGAGGGACACUGAGAAAUUCUUCUUACCUGCAGAGCAAGAGAAUACCUAAGCCUGCUGAUCUCAGUGAUGUGCACAAACAGAAGCUUCGUGUGGCUGUUGUAGAAUCCCUUGAAAAGGAGGGCAUGAAGAUGAAAAAUCCAUUAUUCAAGGUCUGCUUCAAAAAAUUAUUUACAGUUUGCAGACCAUUUGCAUUGGAUGUCAUUGGUCGGGGAUCUACCAGCAAAAAUAUGGAGAAAAUUGCCAGAGCCCAUGUGAAACAGGUGAUAGAAUUUGAGAGAUUAAAAACUAAGAAAAGGUAAAGAAAAUUGGCUGCUACCAUUAAGAAAUACAGAGAUGUUGAGCAUCACAUAAAAAGAUUGUUAAAGAGCUGUAACCAUACAGAUAGAGAGAAUAUGCUUUCUUCUUGGAAUUGCCCACAGCCCAAAAUACCUUUAGAAAGUUUUGCAUGAGAUUUUAACCCUUAAGCCCCGGGUUAGGAUGCUGCUGGCAGUAACCCCCCUCCCCCUGUGUGGGAAUAAAUCGAGAUAAAAAUCAACUUUUCCAAAAAUAGUUAAAAAAAAUAAAAAUAAAUAAAAUAGCGGGAAAAUAGGCGGACGUUCUGGAACGUCACCCGGGGCCUAUGGGUUAAAGUUUAAAUAAAUGAAUGAAGAAUUAAAAUAUGCCAUAAACCUGUUUGAAAAUAGUACGAUAGAUUGAUUGUUUUUAGUGGGAGAAAUUCCCUCUAGUCACCUAAUUUCAAAUCUAGCAAAAAGGUCUAUUUUGUAACCAACAACAACCAAUUUUGCAGAAAAAAAAAAAAAAAUUCAGGUGAUAAAACAAUAUGGUACUGUAAUGAAAAGACUGUAUGAGCCAGUGUUGCUGCUGACUCCACCUCAGGUUAUUUAUUUCUGCACUUUCUCUAAAUGUAUGUUAAGAGAAAAUUUUAUAAUUCAGCAGAACUUUGGUAAUUUGUGAAGGAUAUAAAAAAUUUAGCUAUUUUAUAUAUACGGUAGUAUAUUAAUAGUCAAUGAUAUCCUGGUACAUUUUAAUAAGAGAUAAUAUAGAUAUGUGAAAUAAAUAAAUGCAUUUCCAAAUACAGUAAUCUCAUUACUGUAUAUAGCAAAAAUACAUAGGAACUUAAAAAAAUUAAUACAUUUAUAAAAAUUUACACUCAAACAAAUUAUAUCAUAUCUUCAAGACUCUAUCCUUGUGUGCCUCUCACUCCAUUAAUCAAAGCAUCAUAUGGUGUAAAUUUUGCACAACAAUCCUCCUCUUUCAGCAUUUCUGAGUUGAUAAUUAGUGACGUCAAGGUUUUGUUGCUCAUUAUAUAUGAGGUUGGGAUAUGUUAAUCUUUCAGCCUUAGCACUUGAAAUUGGCAAAGACAGAACAGCAAGAUCAAACACAAUAAAGUGUUGAAGCAUGGCCUGUCUUCUUCAUCUUGAAGAAUAUAUAGUGCUUUAAAAAGUUGUUAUGGAUCCUUUAUGCUUUGUAAAUAUUCGUGGAAAGCUACAUGCUAAAUCGGACAAUGCAAGUAAUAUGUCUCGAGAGUGUGGAUCUAGAGCUUAUGAAACACUAAAAAAUGAGAAAAGGUUCAAAGUUUCAUCACUAAGGGAAAAUCUGUUUAUUUUCUGACAAGAAACUACCAAAAAUGUUCUACAAAGACCUUUCACAGCUCUAAGCUGUGACUACAUUAAUAUGGAAAAUUUAACCUCCCCAAAAAUUUUAAAAUGCAGAAUUUAUUCUGUAUUCAUGCAGAGUGCAGUCUGUGACUCGGCACACUUGGUUUCCCGCACUUAAAUAUUCGACACAUCAUACGAUAAUUCUGCACUUAGGCAAUUCUGGUGUGAACUAUAUAGAGGCAAAAUAUCUCGUAGUAAAUUUUCCUAAAACCAAUUCAUUCAUGUCGCUAAUCUCUUCAUAUGAAGAUUUACCAGAAUAACGUGUAUUAAGACUAAAUUUGCUGUGUGUGUUACUGGAAAUUGUAUCCCAUACUGGGAAGACCUCCACACCAAGCAGUUAUAAACUUGAGUACAUCCUGACAUUCAUGGGAACUUGACAUCUUGGUGGCCAUGAUUAGUUUGUUCCAGUCCUCCUUGUUAGCAGCUUGCCCACGCUUGAGAUCAAGGCGAUUCCGGAUGACAGGAUAGCCUGAGAUAACACAGGGAGGGUAGGUGGUGUUACUUGCAUCCACAAGAGAAGCUUCAUAAGUCAUACGCUCAUCCACGGGAAGAACCUGCAAGAUUAAUGGAAGCAUAACUGAAUUCAAAAUUUACUAGCAUUUCUGUAAUCAAUAUGAAAUUUGAUUCAUUCUUGUACUUACAAGGAGUGUUUUACAUAAAUAUUACAAUCAAAUGAGAUAAAAAAUACUUAAAAAAAACCAAAUUGCAUAAUGCAAUUAAAGCACGUCUGUUUACCACCGUAGCAAAAUUUUACCUGUUCCACUUGCUGAUCCAUUGAUACUGCCAGCACCCAUUCUUUAGCCUCUUCCCUCAGAGAUUCAGGUAUUGUCAGAGUGAGUGGUAGUGGAAUCUCGUAUGGAAUAUCUGUGUCUAUGAAGUCUGUAUGAUCAAGAGAGUCUAAUGACCCUUCCUCAAUGGCCUCACAUAAGUCCAAAAAACGAUUCAAGAAUACAAAUGCCAUGUUCUUCCAUCCUACCUCCUGAAACAAUGUGUACAGUUAGAAAAAGGAUAGUAAUCACAUAGGAAGUAUUUAGGGGGUAAGAAUAUCAAUGAGGGAUUGAUCAUUAAAUUUCAUUUUAUUACGAAGCUGGGAUUGAGCAAUUCUGUAUGACCGGUAAGUCUAGAGCAUUGAAACAUCAAGUCCCCAGUGAAUCAACUUGAGACUUGAAUCUAAAAUUUGAAAGAAGGAAAAUUAGGCUAUCCAUCUUCAUAUUCAAUUCCAAACACGAGAUAGAUAUGGCCAGGGCGUCACCUGGCUCAAACCCCCCCCCCCCCUCACAUAAUGUAAUGUACCAACUAUACACUUUAUACAGUAUGUAUUUUAUUUAGUUUAUUAUAUUUUAGGUAAAAUAUUGUGUACUUUUGCUGUUCAUGAACCAAAUUAAUUAUUUUAGGUAUAAUACUGUAUAUUAUAAGUAAAUUGUAAAAUUUUACAUAAAAGAAAAUCAAAUUA